UGUAUGUGUAACAUCAUGGCGAGUGAGGACAAUGCUACACCGCUGGGGCUCACACUGCCACAGUCCCAGCACUCCAGUCUGCACCAGUGCAGUUCUCUAGUGGGCCCAGGGUGUAGCAGUGACACAGGUUCACUCCAUUCCCCUCCAGGUCUGGGUUCCACCCCUCACCUUUCUGUCGAUGGCUAUCAGGAUGGAGGGAUCCACGUGGUGUGUGAAUCGGCUGGAUGGUAUCCGGAGCCCCAAGUGCUGUGGAGAGACCUCAAUGGGCAGCGACUAGCACCAGUGAUGGAGAAAAUAUCCCAGCAGGCUGACAGGCUGUUUGAUACUCACAUUGCUGCUGUUAUAACAGAUGCUUCGAAACAGAACCUGUCCUGCUCUGUCAUCAACCCCCGUCUCGGCCAAGAGAAAACAGCGAAGCUGCACAUAGCAGAUGUGUUCCUCCCAAGGACCUCUCCCUACCAGGUGGCUCUGUCGGUGACCCUGGCUGGUGUGUUUUUUCUCAUCCUUUUGGCCAGUUACUGCUUCUGGAAGCAGCACAGAGCAAAAGACACUGAGCAAGCUGAACUGAAGAAAAAGAUACAAAAUCUGCAAUCUGAACUGGAGAAAGAGAGAGAGAUUCUGCGCUCUGAGCUGGAGAACGAGAGAGGGAAAUCCCUGGCUGAACUUGGCUGGAGUAAAGUCAGCAAACAUGCAGUGAUGGUGAUUCUGGAUCCAGACACAGCUCAUCCCAGCCUCCUGGUCUCUGAGAAUCGGCGAUCUGUGAAAUGGAGGGGCCUGCAGCAGGACAUCCCUGACAACCCCGAGAGAUUUGACAGUGAAACCUGCGUGCUGGGCUCGGAAGGGUUCACCUCGGGGAGACACUACUGGGAGGUAGAGGUCGGGGGUGGUAGGACCUGGGCUGUGGGGGUGGCCAGAGAGUCUGUCAGGAGGAAGGGCUGGAUCAGCUUUUCUCCUGAGGAGAGCAUCUGGGCCGUGGAUCAGUGUGGGAGCCAUUACCGGGCUCGCACCUCCCCAGAGACCCUCCUUCCCCUGACUGCGAGCCCCGGGAGGAUUGGGGUGUAUCUGGACUAUGAGCGGGGCCUGGUGUCAUUUUAUCAUCCUGGUGUGGAGGCCCCGAUCUACACUUUCGCCUCCUCUUUCACUGGGCAGCUCCGCCCUUUCUUCUGGGUCUACUCCCCAAUCACGCUGUGUCCCUGAGAUAUGGCAUGUGGGGAUAGCACCUCUCACUGGUCAAAGACUUUUUUGUUCUGUUGUUUUUCUGAAAUGGACUAAUUUUUCCUUUUUAAAUAUUUUCAUUAAACAUAAGAACGUCCGUACCGGGUCAGACCAAAGGUCCAUCUAGCCCAGUAUCCUGUCUACCGAC